UAUAGUUAUUAAGCUUUUAGUUGUUAAUAAUUUACGGAAUAGUUCGUGUCAUAUUUUCAUUAUCCGGGCAAACUCUCUCCUGUAGACUUCAAAUAUUUGUGUGAAGCUUUUUUCUUGUGGAUUAAAAACGACGUGAUUAAUAAUCGUCUCCUAGCUUGAAUUGUUUCUUUAUAAAACUAUUUUUUGUGAAGCAGUUUAUUAACGUCGAUAAUCUAUAAUUUUAUAUAAAAGUGAAACAUGAGUCAAAGUGUAGAAGAAAUUUCACGAAAAAGAUGUUAUGAUGACAGAGAUAAUGAGAAAAAAUCGUCUAAUGGCAAUAUUUGGCAUAGUUCUCCGAUUAUAAAACGUAUAAAACUCGAAAAAAGUGAAGAAUCUGAAAGAUUCUUUUAUUGUAAAGAUGUAGAGGCUGAAGUGAAACAAGAACUUUACAAAAAAAUUAAAGAUGAUCCAUGUUCUAAUAAUAAUAAUAAUAGUUGCAAAAAUGAAACCAUCAAUAGUCUCGAUGAAGGUAUUCACAUUUAUGACGAUGAGACACUUAUCAUCGAAGACUAUGACGUAUUUUGUAAGAUUCGAAGUUGGGCAUCCAACGCUGGAGUUACUACUGAAGAUUUGAUGAAGCUUCUUGAUAUUCUAAGAAGAAACGGACAAGCUUCUCGUCAUAAUGCAUCGGCACUAUUCGAUGCCGAUGUAACGCAACCUGUUUUUCAAUCGUCCCCAAAUGAGUUUGAAAAAAAAAUUCUUGAAGAAUUAAAAAACAUAAAAAAGUCUCAAGAAAAAACUCUGAGAAAGUUAACGAGUGUUUACAAUAACCAGUCUAUUGAACCUACUCAAAAUGAUAAUGAUAAUGAUGAUGAUAUUCGUUGCAAAUGGUUCAGCGAGUAUAAUAUAUAUUUGCCAAUCAAUAAAAUAGAAACGUUCAAUCAAUUUGACAAGUUUUUGAUUGAAACAGAACAGUUUAGGACAAAAUUUAUGAGUUUCAUUGAUGUAAUUAUAAAACCAGAUAAAUGUUUAACAAUGUCUCGGAAAAUUAGCGCAGUACUCAAAAAAAUGAUGGUACGUGACGUAGUUAUACAAUUUACAAUGAUGAGACCUAAACCGGAUAGAACUGUUAUGUCCAAAACUAAAUACUACGAUUGUUUGUACGAUUACUUUUACUCAAAUCAACUAGAAUUCAGUGAAAAAACCUCGCAGUCAGAAAGCAAAAGAAGAAAACCAAAGAAAAAUCAGAAUGAAACUAAUAAGAAAUAUUUCGCUAGCGCCUUUAGAGCUGCUAUUUCAAACAGCAAAGAUUGGGAUGAUCAUCGAACAAAAGGACGUCAAUCACUUUAGUGCUGAUCUUAACACUUACUUUAUAAAUUAGUUAUUAGUUUUUCUAUAUUUUUUCUGACACGUUGUUAAUACGAUAAUUUAUAUCUUGUAA